GCCGGGUGACCAGGUUUGGAUUCUAGCGGGGACAAAAAUCCCGUCUGUCCUGCGUCCGCAGGAAAACGGCAAAUACGUGCUCGUCGGAGAUUCUUACGCCCAUGGGAUCAUGCAUGGAGAGGCAUUUGAGAGGCAGGGGUUUGAGUUUGUGGACAUUCAGCUAGAAUAACAUCAGCAGAUCCCAAAAAUUAUAGGGUAAUCAGGUCGGAGAAGUCCUUAGUAGCUUUCCAAAACCUCCCACAAUGUUCUCCUAAAUAACAGUCAGCUCAUAUGGUUGAGAAGGGUGAUGAAGCAAAACCUCCCAAUCGCACCCACAUUCACGAUCCAAGAUUUGAAAACCUCCCUGAGCUGUGGUAUAAGAUACAUGUCUUGAUCUUUGACCUGAGGAGCUACCAAACAAACACCGGAUCUCGUGAUAGGCUCGAGAUAAUCGUCGAUCCCUCAUAUAUCGGCUCGCCUUAUUUCACUAGCUGUGAAGUCGCGAUCAUAAAAUUUCCCCCAAAUCGGUGGGAGCAAGGGACUAACAAUGCUUGCGGAGCUUAUCGAUGAAUUUUUGCAGGUAAGGUUGGAAUGGAAGAUGAAGAAGCGAGUAGAGAGUGUGGAUUUCAGGGUAUGCACGGCCCAUGAUGUUGCGCCGAUCGUGGAGAAAGUUCUGGGGGCGAAGGAAAUGGACUUCAGGAAUGAAGAGUUCGUUGGGUUAGUUAGUAGAAAAGUGGGGAUUGGAGUUGGGAGAGGGUACAGUUUGGA